CAUUUCUCUGUGCUUUUAAUCGAAUGAGAGAUCAUCUUCACUGUAGAGCGAGCGGCGAGAGACGUUUUAAACGCUGAAUGAAUUUUGAUAUUUAGACUUUUUGGACAAUUUGUCCAACAACUUGUCCAACAACUUGUCCAACAACUUGUCAAGAUCGACAAGGACCAUGACAUCCUCGUCUUCCGAUCGGCCUGGCUUGCCCCAAUGGAAGGUGGACAUCCACACGCAUUUGCUGCCACGUGCCUGGCCAACGUUCGAAGGUGUGGAUUUGCAGUUGACGCACUUCAAGGAUGCGCCAGAUCGAUUUGGAGACAAAAUACCCUUCGAAAAGCCGACCGGCUUCGUUGCACAGAUGGAAUGGAGAUCAAGUGGGGCUCUAUUCCGGAAAUGCAGAGCAAAUUUGUUCGAUCCAGAGGAAGUCCUGAGAGAUUGCGAUAGCAGUGGAGUGGAUUUGCAAGUUGCUUGUACAGUGCCUGUCAUGUUCAACUACCAAUUGGAACCAACGAUUGGGAUGGAGUGGUCACGAUUCCUGAAUCAAGAUUUGGGGAAGUACUUCGAACGAUCUAUUCAUCCUUGCUUGCUUCAGAUUCACUUGUGGUACGUAUCGUAGAAAUUCUUGCUCGAUAUCGAUACCUCCUUCGUAUUUGAUAUUGCUGACAUUGUUCCAGGUCUUGUCGAUUCUCCUCCGUAUUUGAUAUUGCUGAAAUUGUUCCAGGUCUUGUCGUUCCUGCAGUCAGCCUGGUCGGUUCCUUGGUUUAG